AUCACCUUCGCCGGCACGCCAACCGCCACGGAAAACUCGGGAACGUCCUUGGUCACCACGCUCCCCGCCCCGAUCGUGCAUCCCUUGCCAAUCGUCACGCCCGGCAUCACCGUCGUGUUCCCGCCAAUCCAGCAGUCGUCGCCAAUCGUGAUGGGCAAGGCGUAUUCCACAAGGUUGCGCCGCGAGGCGACGCUGGUGUCGUGCGUCGCCGAGAACAGCGACACGUUCGGCCCGAAUAGCACGCGGUUUCCGAUCUUGACGAUGCUGCAGUCGAGAAUGGAAAGGCUGUCGUUUUGGUCAGCGCCGUGUUAA